GCCUCCAGAAGUAAGACCGAUGACUCCGGUGUUUACUGAAUUGAAUAAGAUCUGGCAUGUCUCUUCUUAAAUGCCUGCCUUGUAACCUAAACCGCUUCUUUCGACGACCCUUUACCGCAAGUACCAGAAUCCCCUCUCCUACAACCACGACUUCGAAAUACGCCAAGGAUCAGCCUGCGGGCUUCACAAACCGCAUUGAAAAGGUGGCUAUUGUCGGGGUGAGUCAGCUUCCUUUAGAACCGAUCUUGGAUAAGCCCUAAAAAAAUACCGCGUACAGGCCGGUGGCCAAGUUGGAAGUCACUUGGCCCAAGAAAUCCUCAGAAACGGCAAACAUGUCUUGACCGCGAUCCAGCGCGCCGAAAGUAACAGCAUACUCCCCGAACGCAUCAACGUGAUC